CAUUAACAGCAUCUGAGUACGGUGAGUCAAAUCCGUACACAUCAGUACACAGUAUUUUGUUUGUUUGUACAUGUAUGUGUUUGUGUGUAAUUUUAUGUGUGUAUAUGUAAAACAAAGUGUGGGAAUUAGUAAAAGAGUUACAUUUGUUUACAGGUUGCAAGCAUUCAUUUAUAUCCAUUAAUAUUUUUAUGCACAUGAACAGAGACCUGAGUAUAAUCAAAUUGGAUUUAUGUAUAUUCCGAGUUCUGUAUACAUUUAGCAUAUAGAUGGAUGCAGAGCCGCCUGUAAAUAAUAUAAUAUGUAUGUACAAGCUGAGCUGUGGGUAUACACUGUAAUCUAUGUGUACAUGCUGAAUUGUCUUUGUAUACUAUAAUGUAAGGCUACACACAGAGCUGUUAUUUUCCAUGUAGAACUGUCUGAGACCAAUGUCUUCUGUUAAAAUGACAACACCUGUCUGUGUACACAGUGGCAUUUUAAUGCUAGUAUACUCUGUCAGUGUAUAUAAGGUUUGUGUUAAAGAAUAGUUAAACUGUCAGUGUUAGAGUGCUGUGUUAAUGCAUAUAUAGGUUGUCAGUGUUUACAGUGCUGUGUUAUUAUAUACAAAGGGUGUCAGUGUACACAAUGCAGUAUAAAUGCAUAUAAAGAAUGUAGCAGUGAAUUAAUGCAGGGAUAGACACACACAAGAAGUGUAACAUAUUGUCCUCCCCCUGCUCUCUAUAGUUUUCCAUGGACAUUUUUGCAUCAGUUUGGAUUAAUUUGUCAUGUUUUUGAAGAAACAAAAAUAUCAUGUAUAUUUUGUAUUGCUAUGUAUAUUAUUGUUUUAUUAUUUACAUUUAACGAGAAACUCACGUAGCAUUUUUCUUUGAGUUUAAACCGUAAUAGAAUGCAAAUUGCGUUUGUGCAUGUAGAUCUGUUGAUGUAUAAAGUACUGUGUUAUUUAGAGAUGGCAGUGCAUAUUUCCGACACUGCACACAAACAACCAAAACCCCUGAUUCUGAAAAAGCCCACCCUUGACCCUAACUCCCCGUCCAACUAUCGCCCUAUCUCGCUACUACCACUUGCCUCCAAGAUCCUUUAGAGAGUUGUGUAUACGAGAUUGACAGACUUCCUCGAAUCCAACUCUCUGCUUGACUGGCUUCAGUCUGGAUUCCACGCUCGUCACUCAGUUGAAAUGGCUGUGACCAUCACUGCAAAAUCCUGUGGCCACUAGUCUAUCAUAAUUCUCCUUGACCUUCCUGCUACAUUUGAUACUGUUGAUCAUCAACAGCUUGUUCUCAUUCAUUCUCUGUAAUCUCGGUGUACGAGAUACCGCUCUCUCCUUGUGCUCCCAGCGCUCUUUCAGGGAUUCUCUGGUUCUUCCUCUUCUCCCCAAUCCCUCUCUGUUGGUGUUCCCCAAGGGUCCCUAUUGUUCUCAAUCUAUACGGCCUCCCUUGGUAAACUCUUGGUUUCCACUAUGUAGAUGACACGCAAAUGUAUCUGUCCUUCCCUGAUUAUUCACCAGCUCUCUUGAUUCAUGUCUCUGACUGCCUUCUGCUAUUUCAAACUGGAUGGCUGCUCAUUUCCUUAAACUUAACCAAUCCAAAACAGAACUUCUGAUCUUCCCUCCCUCAAGUGUUGUUACUCCCUUGUCUGUUUCCCUCCAAGUCAAUGGCGCUACCAUCAGCUCUACCUCAUAGGCUCACUGCCUAGGUGUUCCCUUUGACUCUGACCUCUCCUUCAACCCUCAUAUUCAAUCAAUUGUCAAAUGCUGUCGUUUUCAUCUCCAAAACAUAGCACGCAUCCUCCCCUAUUUAACGCAGCUAAGGUCCAUGCCGCUGUCCUCUCUUGCCUUAAAUACUGUAAUCAACUUCUCAGUGGUCUUCCAUGUUCCCAACUUGCCCCAUUACAGUCUACAAAGAAUUCGGCAGCGAGGCUCAUCUUCCUGUCCGCCUGCACCUCCCACGCCCCACCCCUGUCGGUCCCUACAUUGGCUUCUUGUAAGAUAUUAGAUUCAAUUUACGAUCCUGAUACUCGCUUACAAAUCUCUAAACAACGUUGCUCUGACAUACCCAUCCUUUCUAAUACUCAAAUUUGUCCCGUCUAGCCCCCUAUGCUCUGACGAAGACCUACAUCUAACCUCUGUUCGUACUCGUACCUCUGAUGCUCACCUGAAAGACUCCUCUAGGGUUGAACUGUUGCUAUGGAAAGCCCUUGAUGCUCACCUUAAAGACUACACUAGGGCUGCACCCUUCAUGUGGAAUGCCCUUCCCCUCUCUGUUAAACUUUCACCCAGUCUCCACUCCUUCAAAAAAUCUUUGAAAAGUUACUUCUUUAGGAAAGCAUAUCAAUUAAACUGUGAACAGCUUUCCCUCCCCGCACCCUGGUUCCUCUCCUGAAACUGUCAUCAAAACAAAACACUAAGCCCUUAGUGAAUAUUAUCCUAGCAACCCACUUUUCUACCCUAUCAUUUGUGUCACUAUACCCCACUCCCUCUAGCAUGUAAGCUCAUUGAGCAGGGCCCUUGCUGACAUUGCAUGCAGCACUGUGUUAUUGUUAUAUAGAGCUGGAAGUGCAUGCAGCGCGGUGUUAUUUAUAUAUAGAGCUGGAAGUGCAUGCAGCGCGGUGUUAUUUAUGUAUAGAGCUGGCAGUGCAUGCAGCGCUGUGUUAUUGUUAUAUAGAGCUGGCAGUGCAUGCAGCGCAGUGUUAUUGAUAUAUAGAACUGGCAGUGCAUGCAGCGCGGUGUUAUUGAUAUAUAGAGCUGGCAGUGCAUGCAGCGCUGUGUUAUUGUUAGAGCUGCCAGUGCAUGCAGUGCUGUGUGUUAUUAAUAUACAGAGCUGCCAGUGCAUGCAGCGCUGUGUUAUUGUUAGAGGUGGAAGUGCAUGCAGCACUGCGUUGUUGUUAUAUAGAACUGGCAGUGCAUGCAGUGCUGUGUUAUUGUUAGAGCUGGCAGUGCAUGCAGUGCUGUGUUAUUAUUAUAUAGAGCUGCCAGUGCAUGCAGCGUUGUGUUAUUGUUAGUUUAGCAUGCAGUGCAUGCAGUGCUGUGUUAUUUAUAUAUAGAGCUGGCAGUGCAUGCAGCGCUGUGUUAUUGUUAGUUAGUUAAUAGUGUCAGUGAAUAGUACCUAAUUUUUACAUGUAUUUAUUUUUCUUUGAGGAUAAGUCCUAAUGUGAUGGAAUUCGUGUUGUUCGUGUAGAACUGAUGACACCUAGUGUGCUGCAUUCAGGGCCGCCAUCAGGGUAUGACAACCAUGCCAAUUGUCAUAGGCCCAGCAUUGCUAAAUAUUUGUGCACUGCGUACCCCUGGCUACCUGUUCUCGUGAGCCACUGCCAUCAGUACCAUGGCAACACUCUGGACAAGUAAUGUUCAAAUAUAUUUUUAUUUCCAUGUAGCCUUAACACACACAGACACACUCUGUAUGCAGUACACACACUACAUUCACAUACUCUACAUUCACUACACACACACACUACAUCAACUAUACACACUCAUCAGUCAUUAUACACACACACUACAUGCCUACAAAAAAACACACACUCUGCAUUCACUACACACACGCUACAUUCACUAUACACAAGCUACAUUAACUUCACACACUAUGCAUUCACUACACACAUUCUGCAUUCACUACACACACACGCUACAUUCACUACACACACUCUGCAUACACUGCACACACUAUACAUUAACUACACACAUUAUGCAUUCACUAUGCACACAUACAUACACACACACAAACUCUGCUGUCACUAUGCACACUCUGCAGCCACUAUGCACACUCUGCAGCCACUAUACACACUUGGAAAUCACUACACACACUACAUUCACUAUACACACUCUGCAGUCACUAUAGUCACACUACAUGCACUACACAAACACACAGUCUGCAUCUAGUACACACAAACACUACAUACUUACACAAACAUACAAUCUGCAUCCACUAUACACACUGCAUCCAUGACACACACCACAUCUACUACACACAUUCUACAUCCACUAUACACAUACCACAUUCAGUACACACACAGAUACUUCAUCCUUGAAGGUGGAAUCAGGAUGGCCACUGUGAGUGGACUCAGGCGCAGGCCCCAGAAUUUCUAUACACAGGUAGGCAGACAAUGUAAUAGAGCAGCAGGAAAUGCUAUCAGAAUGCCUGGUUGUAUAGGGAGAGGUAUUAGCAGUAGAAAGAGGGAAGUGCUCAUGCCAUUGUACAGAACACUGGUGAGACCUCACUUGGAGUAUUGUACACAGUACUGGAGACCGUAUCUUCAGAAGGAUAUUGAUACUUUAGAGAGGGUUCAGAGAAGGGCUACUUGACAUUUGCACUGUCGUUGUUCGGCAUGUGCUAUAAACUUUAACUUUAAUAAUACACGGACACGUUUAAUACUGUUGGAGUAUAACGUCCACAGCUUUAUUAAUAUGAAUAAAUUAACAUAAUUAGGGUCAUUGUCAUAAAUGACAUUAUUUAUUAUCCCCCCGCACAAUCCCCUGACAACAGGGACGGACUGACAGUGGCCUGGGCCCCCGGGCAAAAUUAGCACCUGGGCCCCCAGCAGACCGAUAUAUAUGCUGGUAUAGGUGUACCGUAUAUUUGAUUGUAUGUACAUGUAAAGUGAAUGCAUGUUUCUGUGUGUAUAUUCACUGUGAGCACUAGGGUAAGUGAAUAUAUGUAUGUCUUUAUGUGUAGUGUCAGGAUAUGUGGAUGAUUAGUAUAUUUGAAUACAUGUUUUUGGUUUUGUGAAUAGGGUAGUAUUUUUUUGUGUGUGUUUGUGUAGCAUGGCAGUAUGUAAAAGGGGGUAUUUGUGAAACCAAGUGUUAAAUGUUACGAGCCACCUUAAAGGGACUCUCCAGUGCCAGGAAAACAAUCCGUUUUCCUGGCACUGCAGGUCCCCUCUCCCUCCCACCUUCCAUCCCCGGUUGCUGAAGGGGUGAAAACCCCUUCAGUGACUUACCAGAGGCAGCGACAUGUCCCACGUCGCUGCUUCUUCCUCCGCUCAUGCUCCUCCCCUUCAUCACGUCAGCCGUCGGGGGAGACCUAAUACGCAUGCGCGGCAAUGCCGCGCAGGCGCAUUAGACCUCUGCAUAGGAAAGCAUUGAAAAUGCUUUUCAAUGCUUUCCUAUGGGAAUUUUAGCAACGCUGGAGGUCCUCACACAGCGUGAGGACGUCCAGCGACACUAUAGCACAGAAAUCCUGUGCUAUAGACCAGGAAGUGCCCUCUGGUGGCUGUCUAGUAUACAGCCACUAGUGGAAGAGUUAACCCUGCAAGGUAAUUAUUGCAGUUUAUAAAAACUGCAAUGACUACACUUGCAGGGUUAAGGGUAGUGGGAGUUGGCACCCAGACCACUCCAAUGGGCAGAAGUGGUCUGGGUGCCUGGAGUGUCCCUUUAAAGGAACACUAUAGUGUCAGGAAUACAAAUGUGUAUUCCCCCCCUUAAAAAUGCGAUUUACUCACCUGUUUCCCAGCACCGACCAAACUCCUUGGCAGAGUUCAUCAAUUUAGAUGAUCUCAGCCAACCCAAUGCUCUACCAUAGGAAAGCACUAGAAGGCUAUUGUGCACGCGCAGCAAAACGCUGUGCCAAUCACCAUCAUAGAGAUGCAUUGAAUCAGUGCUUCUCUAUGACAAGCGUUCAGCGUCGACAUGCAGAUCAUGGAGAUGCUGAAUGUCAGUGCUGCACAUUUUGCAAUACUGACACAGGAAGCGCCUAGGUGUUCCUAGGAAGCAAUGUAAACACUGCAUUUUCUCUGAAAAGGCAGUCUUUACAGCAAAAACCCUGCAGUAGUAUACUAUCCUCACCAGAACAACUACAUUAAGCUAUAUAAUAAACAUUAAGCUGUUACUAUACAUUAAGCUGUAUAAUAUAAAUUAAGCUGUAGUUGUUCUGGUAACUAUAGUGUCCCUUUAUGUUUGUGCGUGCAAAGGGGUAGGGACUGCAGAGGGUGCCGAAAGGAAGGGGCUGUAAAGGGUGCGAGUGGAAGGGGCUGCAGGGGAGGGACUGUAGAGGAUACGGGGGAAUAGGGUGGAUUAGAGGCUGUAGUAGGUGCAGAGGAGGGACAGACUGUAGUGGGUGCAAAGGGUAAUAGGAGAUGCAGUGGGAGCAGUUGGGUAGCCCACUAGCCACUACCAAAAGCGAAACCCUACUAUUGCGCACAGUGCAGGGGUAGGAGCUGCAGUGGGAGCAGCAGGUAAAAGCUGCAGUGGGAGCAGGGAGGUAGGGGCUGCAGAGGGAGCAGGGAGGUAGGGGCUGCAGAGGGAGCAGGGAGGUAGGGGCUGCAGAGGGAGCAGGGAGAUAGGAGCUGUAGGGGGUAGGGGCUGUAGGGGGUGUGGGCUGCAGUGGGAGCAGGGGUUGGGGCUGCAGUGGGAGCAGGGGGUUGGGGCUGCAGUGGGAGCAGGGGUAGGGGCUGCAGGGGGGGUAGGGGAGCAGGGGUAUGGGAUGCAGAGGAGGCGGGGGGUAUGAGAUGCAGGGGGUGGGGGCUGCAGUGGGAGCAGGGGUGGGGGCUGCAGUGGGAGCAGGGGGUUGGGGAUGCACUGGGAGCAGGGGGUAGGGGAUGCACUAGGAGCAGGGGGGGUAGGGGAUGCACUAGGAGCAGGGGAUGAUACAGUGGAGCAGGGGGUAGGGGAUGCAAUGGGGGAUAGGGAGGGAUGCGGUGGAAGCAGGGGGGGUAGGGGAUGCACUGGGGAGCAGGGGGUAGGGAUGCACUGGGAGCAGGGGGUAGGGGAUGCACUAGGAGCAGGGGAUGCAGUGGGAGCAGGGGGUAGGGGGAUGCAAUGGGGGGAUGGGGAUGCGGUGGAAGCAGGGGGGUAGGGAUGCACUGGGAGCAGGGGGGUGGGGAUACUGGGAGCAGGGGGUGAGGAUGCACUGGGAGCAGGGGUAGGGGAUGCAGUGGGGUAGGGGAUGCAGUGGGGAGUGCAGGGAUGCACUGGGAGCAGAGUGCAGGGAUGCACUGGGAGCAGGGGUGCGAGGAUGCACUGGGGAGUAGGGGGGUGCAGUGGGGAGGUAGGGGUGCAGUGGGAGCAGGGGAUGCAGUGGGGGCAGGGGAUGCAGUGGGAGCAGGAGGGGUAGGGGAUGCAGUGGGGAGGGGGUAGGGGAUGCAGUGGGAGGGGAUGCACUGGGAGCAGGGGGGUGGGGGAUGCAGUGGGAGCAAGGGGGGGUAGGAGAUGCAGUGGGGGGUAGAAGAUGUAGUUGGGGGGUAGGGGUUGCAGUGGGAGGGGGGUAGGGGAUGCAGUGGGAGCAGGGAGGUAGGGGACGCACUGGGAGUAAGGGGGGUAUGGGCUCUGAUGGGGCAGUAGUGGGGGAAAUUAUAUAAUAAAACAUUUUAAUUAAAAAAAAAUAAUAAAGCCCCCCUCCCAAACCUUACCUCUCUGGUGGUCCUCUUCUGAAGGAGGGCACACAAUGCUGACAUGCUGCCUGUAAGUCUGCUCAGGGCAGCUCCUCACUCUGCACUGUGACUGCUGAUGUCACUUCCUGCAGAACAAGCUGCACGGAGCUGCCCUGAGCAGUUACAGGCAGCUCAGUGAGGCUGUGUUUGGAGACAGGCACACAGAGGGGCAGCCUAGUGGGGUCUUUGGAAGGCCCCUUAGCUGUCCCUCAGUGUGCCCUGCAAGGGGGAUUAUAUUUUUAGCAGUAGGGGCCCGCGGAAGGCUGUGCGGGCCCCUUACUGAGUGCAGGCUGGCUGGGGAGAUUGUUUAACUCCCCAGCUCAGCCAUUACUGCACUGCAGCAGGGGCGGGCCCCCCAGAGCCUCGGGCCCUCGGUCCAUGACCGAUUUGCCCGAGUGCUCAGUCCGCCCCUGCCUGACAAUGACCCUACCACAUGAACAAUAAUUAACAUCAAUUACCAAUAAACUUGUAAACAUCCGGCCUACCAACGAGGCCCCAUAUCAUAAUGAUAACUGUAGGGGUGUACCCAGACACCCCCACACCCCCAGGUUCGUCGCCACCGAAGAGCUAUAACCUACCAACCAUGACACCGUCUGGCCUACUUCAGCCUAGGCCCUGGCCUGUACAGUUCCAAUUCCUUGAUAACUUCCAACUUAACCACGCCCUGUUCCCGCCGCUGUGACAAAACGGGAAAUUCACCUCAACACAGGGAGGGUGGGUGGGACAACUGACAGGUAAGUGAAGUUCUGAUUAAAAUGGCCACUCUCUAAGAUGGCCGUUAUUUCAACCCCCUUUGAUCCCGCCCCCAAGCUCCAUUAGCUUAAGCCAACCCCUAACUGACUGCACCUGCCCACUCCUGGCUCUGUCAAGGCCCACUCCCCUUACUUCGUUGUUCCAUGGGCUUCAUGACAUUUGCACUGUCGUUGUUCGGCAUGUGCUAUAAACUUUAACUUUAAUAAUACACGGACACGUUUAAUACUGUUGGAGUAUAACGUCCACAGCUUUAUUAAUAUGAAUAAAUUAACAUAUUUAGGGUCAUUGUCAUAAAUGACAUUAUUUAUUAUCCCCCUGCACAAUCCCCUGACAAUGACCCUACCACAUGAACAAUAAUUAACAUCAAUUACCAAUAAACUUGUAAACAUCCGGCCUACCAACGAGGCCCCAUAUCAUAAUGAUAACUGUAGGGGUGUACCCAGACACCCCCACACCCCCAGGUUCGUCGCCACCGAAGAGCUAGAACCUACCAACCAUGACACCGUCUGGCCUACUUCAGCCUAGGCCCUGGCCUGUACAGUUCCAAUUCCUUGAUAACUUCCAACUUAACCACGCCCUGUUCUGCCACAGCACUUGUCUUGACCCCUUAAGACCAUGUGCGACCCCCACCACACUGAAACAGGGCUCGGGCUAUGCCCUCCUGGAACCCCAAGUUCAGCAAGUCACACCCCACCUCUGACAGGUGUACUCCAUCCCUCCUAUAAUAACCUGGCAACAUGCCCUCCAGUUCCCGAUGCCUCACCACUAUUCCCCCCAUCCUCUUAACAAAUACUGCCAUAGCUCUAUUAACCUUCCCCCUGCAUCGUGCCACCGCAGCAGGGUCCCUGGCGUGACGCCAUGUAAAACGAGGCACCAUCUCGGACCACACCACCACCACGUCAGGGACCAGCUCCCGUAGCUGAUCCAUGUCCCUCUUCAUUCGCCGCAACAGUUCCCGUUGCGGAAUCAGCCCUAAGUCAUUCCCCCCACCGUGCACCACUACAACAUCCGGAACCGGACCCUUUGACACUUUUGUAAAUAAAACAUUACUCAAGCUCUGCCAACUAAAACCUCGAAAACCAAACCAGGAUAAGACCGCCCGUUCCAGAGGAAAGCCCAGUUGUGUUCCUUGUCUCCGAACUGCGGCCCUCUUCUGUGCCCAAUAUACGAACGAGUGUCCCAGCAACCAAACAUUCCAACCUGAAAAGAGACAAAAUUAGUUACACCGCAGAGCCAGUGUCCCCCAGUCCCGGCCAUUUAACCCCUCAAAGCUCCACCAUCCCGUCGGGCCUCACAUACGAGCGAAACCGCACGGAUUCCCACCGUCCGAUCCUCUUGAUCCGCUCGUCACCCAAACCCAAGCGUGCCGCCUCUGUAGCCGCACCGAUACGGAACGAAUGCGACCCGAAUUGCGUGGGCUGCAGGCCUAGCUUCACUAAGCCCAAACGAAAAAUCCUAAUGAAUUGAAACCGUGACAGCGCCGUGCCGUCAGCGUGCAGGAAAAAACAACCGCUAACGUUAGGACGGAUCCCCAGGUACCCUGAUCCGCAGGCCACCGGGCACAACCCUGACCCCGGCAACUCGAAUAGCACCACGGAGCAGCCUUUGCCGAAAACAUCAGUUUUCGAUUGGCCCAACCUAAUCUGCACGCGAUCACUCUUAACUUCCACAUCCUCGCGCUGCAAGCCACCAACUCCCACUUUGUUUGCGCUAACCAGCUCCCCGAUCCGAAACGCCCUGAAAAACGCCCAGACAAACGCACCAGAAAAAAGGACCACCUCAAAUGGCGAGGAACAUAACUCCGGUAACUUUCCCACCAAACCUUGUAAGACCGCAAAAGACACCGGUCUCCUAACGUCCGUCGACGUCUUCCCCCUCCGAAAACCCCGAACCGCCUGUCGAACCAAGAAAUGCUUUGUCAAAUCUUCCCACCCUUGAAAUUUAAACCAGAAAGCCAAGGCGGACAUAUGCCUGUCCACCAUGGCCGGCGAAGCCCCCUUUGCAAACAACCGGCACAACAACCAUAGGAAGACAUCCAGCCUAUGGCCCUCCGAAAGGUCCCCACCUACCUCCUCAACCGUUUCCUCCCAUUCCUUCCAAACCUUAGCAUAAGAUGACCACGUGCUCGGUGCCAAAGAUUUCUUUAUGUAUUCCCCAAGCACGAUGUCCCGAGUCGCCACAUCUCGUCUGGGCAAGCCUGCCCGCAUUCCCGUGCCUCUGGAGCCGCUUCCCGAAAACGAUCCCACUGAAAACGAGAAAGCGCAUCAGCCACCACAUUUGAGAAUCCCGGAAUGUGCCUAGCCCUGAAUACUAAAUUGGAAGACAUGCAGAGGAGCACCAAAUGCCGCAGUAGGCAUAGGACCGGAAGCGAAGAUGCCGACAAACUGUUGAUUGCCUGCACCACGGCCAUAUUGUCCGAAUAAAACACGACUCGCUUGUUUGCUAGUUCAGCUCCCCACAAUGCUACCGCAACCACUACAGGGAAGAGUUCCAAAAAUGCCAGAUUCUUGAUCAAUGGGCUCGCCCUCCAUGCCUCGGGCCAUGCCUCGGCACACCACCGUCCCGCAAAAUAAGCCCCGAACCCCACGCUGCCCGAAGCGUCCGUAAACAGCCCCACUGCUUCCGAAGACACCACUUGCUCCCGAAAAAAGGCCUUGCCAUUGAAGUCCCUCAAAAAACGAUCCCACACCUCUAAGUCCGCCUUCAUGUCCGCGGAAACCCUGAUAUAGUGUGACGGCAUCCGUAUCCCGCUCGUCGCCCGCGCCAAUCGUCUACAGAAAACCCUCCCCAUGGGUAUGACCCUGCACGCAAAGUUCAGGCUCCCUACCAGAGACUGUAAUCCCCUCAGCGUCACCCUCCGUGCUCUCCCAAUUGUGUGCACCAAGUCUUUCAGCUUGUGCAACUUGUCCUGUGGUAAUCUACAUUCCCCGAUCUCCGAAUCGAUCUCCAAACCCAGAAACUAAGACAUGUGGCGGGUCCAACGGUCUUGUCCUCCGCCAAAGGAACCCCCAUCGUCUGCGCUACCCAUUGGAACACCCGUAGUAUCUGCUUGCACCGGUCUGAGCCUCGAGGGCCGACACAUAAGAAGUCGUCCAGGUAAUGCACAACCGUGCCCCCGGCCGAUUCCCGUCGCACUACCCAUUCCAGAAAAGUGCUAAACUUCUCGAAAUAGGCGCACGAGAUGGAACAACCCAUCGGCAAGCACAGAUCCACAAAGAAACCCCCUUCAAAACAACACCCCAAGAGGUGAUGACAUGAUGGGUGUAUGGGAAGCAGCCGAAACGCUGCCUCCACGUCCACCUUCGCCAUCAGCGCUCCCCGCCCAGCUCUCCGUACCAACUCGACUGCCCUGUCGAAUGAUGUGUAAGAUACUGAACAGAGUGCUGCGUCGAUGUCAUCAUUCACCGAUGACCCUUUAGGAUACGAUAAAUGAUGAAUCAACCUAAACUUGCCAGCCUCUUUUUUGGGGACCACUCCAAGUGGGGAUAUCCGCAAUUCCGCUAUAGGAGGAUACGGGAACGGCCCCGCCAUCCUCCCCAAAAGGACCUCUUUGGCCAGCUUUUCCCGCACUACCUCCGGGCGUUCCCGCACCGAUUUAAGAUUGGCACAAACCGCCCCUGGUUCCUUAACCGUGAAGGGGAUCACGAAGCCCUCCCUAAAACCCCGCCACAGGAACGCUGCAUCCUCCUGGUUAGCGUAUUGCCUUAGCCAAGGCAACAUCGCGCCUAACCUCACUGGGGACGCCCCCAUCUUUUCUUUGACCUCUAAUUUCAGGUGACAACCUAGGGGGCCCGCAAAAGAUACGUGUACGUUUUGACGUGCCGCGUCCGAAAUGUCGCCACACCCGACCGCCGACUCAGCCCCCCCAUCCGCCGCACCGGACGCCACUACCGCUUCACUUACCUCGCCUCCGCUCGCCGGUUGGACCCCCGCCCCUAUUGCCUUAACCGCUGUGUCAGGGGACCAUACCUUUCCGAACUGCAACGGUGAUUCCCCCUUCCCUGACCAUGCCUCCAAUAGUGUUUUUAAAUAGCCCAAUAACUGUCCGGAGUGUUGUGCAGAUAUGGACUCACCGUUGGAGACCCCGGCCGUGCCAGGCUCCGGGGUUGCCGACCUUCCGUCCACCCGUUCAGGCUCCGGAGCAUCCGGUUGACGCCGACUCCCAUCCGCCUGAUCCCUCCUCAGGACUGUAGGGGUAGCGCUCCGCGACCUGUAAGGAGAAGACAACCUGGGUAGUCUGUACUGCUGGGCCCCUACCCGUCCUUCCUCCCUACGCUCUUCUCCGCAAUUCCAAGCUUCGCACCGCCUUGCCGGCCUAGCUUCCCUGCUCCUGGGGGCCCGCUGCCGUCCUAGCGCACUGUCACCCGAGGACCCAGAUGCGCUGCGCCGCCUCCGCCCCCGCCCGUCCUUGGACGCGGACCUCCUUCUCCCCGCCCUGCAGCUGGUCCUGGAACCACUGCGCCUGCUAUGCGAUGGACUCCUGUCCCUGCUCCACUGCCGAUCAGCUGACCUCCUGCUGCUGCCGGGCCUGGCGCUACCGCUGUGCCGCUCCCGUCUGUACUCCUCCCGCUCCCUGGUCCCGCUGCGGUGCCCCCCGUGAGAGCAGCCUGAGGGGCCCAACCUUCCACUGCUACUGCUCCUGACUUCCCUAUCCCGCGCUGUACUGCGUGUGUCCCCUUUCUCCGCUGUACCUGGCCAUCUGUUGGCCGCUGCGCCUGGCUCAGAUGCCCUUUGUACCCCCUGGCAGCCCGCUGGAACCUCUGCCGCUCCCUGUCCGAUCCUGCCGUCUUCCUGCCGCCCCUCCUCCCUAUGCCUGGCACUGUCGCCCGUCCCGGCCACACCUAAGGCCGCCCGCGAGCUGGUCCCGCUGACCAGGCCACCCCUGGGUUGCUGGGGGGCCGCCUGCGCUGGAACAUCCCGCGUCCCGCCCGCCACCAUGCCCCUCAGUGACCAGAGUGAAGUGCUGCCGACCACGUGUUCCUCCGCUCUCCCGGCCGCCAUUCCCGCCGUGCUGGAGCCCUCCUCUGGGGUACCUGUGCUGCCUGCCGCCAUCUUGGGUGGGGCGCGUUUACCAGCAGGCCCGCGCUUUGCGGCCGUCCUCGCCUGACCGGCACCGCGGCGCACAGGCAGCGCCGGCCGCUUCCCGGUGCUGUCCGACCCUCUUGCCUCCUGGCUGGGUGCCGACGGGCUCCUCCUCCGCCGCCGUGGAGCGGGCGCCAUGCCCGUACUCAAGCGCUGGGGCGGCCGUGCUCUUCGCGCCAUCCUGCGCUCCACUUGUGCUGGAGGGGGAACUGCAGCCCCCAGUUGUUCAUGCAGCCAGGCCAGCCCUCGGUCCUUCACUGCUGCUCUCACUCCGGCCAGGAUCUCAUCCAGGGAAGCCAUGGACCUGCAGCAAAAGAAAAAAGAAAAACCCCACAGACCUGACACAACUGACAGGUAAGUGAAGUUCUGAUUAAAAUGGCCACUCUCUAAGAUGGCCGUUAUUUCAACCCCCUUUGAUCCCGCCCCCAAGCUCCAUUAGCUUAAGCCAACCCCUAACUGAAUGCACCUGCCCACUCCUGGCUCUGUCAAGGCCCACUCCCCUUACUUCGUUGUUCCAUGGGCUUCAAAACUGGUUCAUGGAUUGCAGGAUAAAACUUACCAGGAAAGGUUAAAGGAUCUUAACAUGUAUAGCUUGGAGGAAAGACGAGACAUGGGGGAUAUGAUAGAAACAUUUAAAUAUAUAAAGGGAAUCAACACAGUAACGGAGGAGACUAUAUUUAAAAGAAGAAAAACUACCACAUCAAAGAGGGACAAAGGUUUAAAAAUAAUAUCAGGAAGUAUUACUUUACUGAGAGGGUAGUGGAUGCAUGGAAUAGCCUUCCAGCUGAAGUGGUAGAGGUUAACACAGUAAAGGAGUUUAAGCAUGCGUGGGAUAGGCAUAAGGCUAUCCUAACUAUAAGAUAAGACUAGGGACUAGUGAAAGUAUUUAGAAAAUUGGGCAGACUAGAUGGGCUGAAUGGUUCUUAUCUGCCGUCACAUUCUAUGUUUCUAUGUUUCCAUGUUUCUGAUGCACUAUUGCUAUUGCUAAAGAGAGCUUGUAGUGCAUACAGUGCUGUAUUAAUUUUAAUGAGGGCUAGAAGUAUGUACAAUGCUGUAUUAUUGUUAUUUAGACCUGACAAUCCGCUUAUUUACAUAGAGACAUACAGAUUCAGCAGUGCGCACAGUACAGUUACACAGAGCCAGCAGGGUAUACAGUGCUAUACUAUUACAGAGAACCAGUAGUGCACACAGUGCUAUACUAUUACAUAAAACCAGCAUUGUACACAGUGCCAUAUUCUGUUAUGCAGAGCUGGCAGUGCACACAGUGCUGUAUUCUGUUAUGCAGAGCUGGCAGUGCACACAGUGCUGUAUUCUGUUAUUUAGAACAUGCAAUAUUUGCACUAGUUUACUGUUUUUUAUAAUGGGAGUACUGUGAGGGAGCAGGGCUAAUCAGAACCUUUUCUAGACCUUGAUCUAGUCCCAACUAACUAACUCUAUUUUCUCUUGCACCCCAGCACGACCUCACUGAAUUCGGAUCCCUCCUGUUCUCUAGUGAGCUGUACCUGUGUCAGAGAACAGGAACGGGACAUAUUGCAGCUUCCAAUGUCGAACAACAGCAGCGGCCAGAUUUAUGUCAAUAACGCAGUCUUCAUCUCUGGCUACUCCAUCAUCUUGGGCCUGGGGUUUUUCCUUAACUUUGCUGCCCUCUGCUUUUUCUAUCGCCUCCCACAGUUAAGGUCACCCACCCAUGUCUACAUGAAAAACUUGGCCUUUGCGGAUAUUCUCUUGGUUUGCACCCUCCCUCUGAAGAUCUAUGAUUACACAGAGACUCAACCAACUUUGCCGUCAUGGUUAUGUAAAGUUGUUGGAACUCUGUUCCUCUUAAACAUGUAUGGAAGCAUCUUCCUCUUGGCUUGCAUCAGCAUGGACCGUUGUUUGGCUGUCUGUUUCCCUCUCCGCUCCAAAAGCUUCCGUCAUCACGCUCCCUGGAUCUGUGCCAGUGCUUGGGGCCUUAAUAUAAUAUCAGGCUCAAUAGUAUAUCACUUUUCAAAUACAGGGACUUCUAACAGCACUUCAAACAACUGUUGCUUUCAUAUGAGCCCAUUUUUGGUGACUAAGACAGGUGCCACUGUACUAUCUGUGGUAAUUGGUUUUAUGGUUCCUCUAGGUAUAAUGGCUGUGAGUUCCUGGGCCCUACUGAGGGCAGUUGGUCAUAGCCAGUUAGUCCAAAUCGGAGUGGUGAACAAAGAGAAGAUUGUACGUAUGUUGGUUACCAAUCUGACCAUUUUCCUUCUCUGCUUUCUACCUUACCAUGUCAUCCUUCUCUGUUACCAGUUUUUGAAAACUGGUCUGUUUAAUUAUUACCAGAUCACACUUCUGAUUGCCUGCAGCAAUGCGGUGCUGGACCCGAUAGCUUAUUACUUUGCUGCAGAGACAAUACAAAGGACAGUGGUGAAGGAGAUGAGGUUAGUUGGAGAGUCUGAUGCUUCAGCAGAAAAGUUGAGAAGUUCAGCCUCUUUGCCUCCUAAGGGCUCAUGAUCCAAGAACAAGUGAAAAUAAUC